CGUUAAUGAAAACAAAGCUGAAUAAAAUACUUAUGAAAUACCUCGUAAAAGGAUUGCGUGUAGUUAACCUCUGUCGUCGAUUAUUUCUUCCUCGAAAAAGUAUAUAAAAAGAAAGAAAAAGAUGUCCUUUCGAGAAUUACGCAAUUUUACGGAGACAAUGAGAGUACUUGGAUAUCCAAGAUUAAUAUCCAUUGCGAAUUUUCGUACUCCAAAUUUUCCUUUAGUAGCAGAAAUUUUAGUCUGGCUCGUAAAAAGAUUUGAUCCGGAUGCAGACAUAACCUGCGAGCACAACACCGAGGAAGAGCGAAUUUUUCUAAUACGUAGUGUUGCCGAAUUCAUGGCAUUAAAUACUAACGUAAAAUUAAAUACGAAAAAACUAUAUCAAGCUGACGGUUAUGCUGUACAAGAAUUAUUAAAAAUAACUAACCUGUUACAAGAAGCUCAAAAUCGUGGUAGCGAGAGUAUGAAUCAAACUGAUGGUCGUAAGAUCGUCGAAUUCAACAUUUCCGACGAGAUAAAUGAAUUAAAAUCGACGAGGCAAUUAGCUAGUCUCUUGACUGUGAAUGGAGCAACGCUUUUUGAUCUUCUUGGUCGAGAAGUUGAACUCCGUGAUAUUAGAAACAACAAAGCUGGUAGACAAUUUGAUACUGCUGAGAUAGAAACUGCUCUGAAGGACGUCAUAGAGAAUAUGAGGAAAGAGAUAGAAGAUACAAAGAAACAAAUCGACAACGUCAAGGAUACAGAGCAAAGUCUUGAUACAAGGAUAGAAAGACGUCGAUCAGAAUUAGAAAGAAAUCAAAAGAGACUGCAAACUUUAAGAAAAGUUCGUCCUGCUUUUAUGGAAGAGUAUGAAAAACUUGAAGCCGAAUUGAGAAUGUUAUACGACGAUUAUUUACAAAAAUUUCGAUAUCUCUCGUAUCUGGAACAUUUGCACGAGGAUGCAGCUAAGGCUGAACAGGAACGAAUUGAGAAACGACAAGCGGAAACUAAAAGGAAGCUGGAACAAUUGCGUUCGGAGGAUGUAAGCUUCGAAAGCAUGGUCGAAGGAAAUGAUCUAAUAUUUGGGACAAGUCUUCAAGAAUCUCGAUUGACUCUUGGCGAUGUUGAGAAACAAAAUGUGGAAAAAGCUAUGCAACAGGGUGCUCAUACAAAAACAGAUACAGAAAAAAUGUCGAAAACACAAAUAUCUCAGCGACGAAUUUAUGGUAGCAUGUCUGGUCGCCAACGAGGAACAAUUUUGGAAUCUAAUGACAGUGCUGGCUCGCUCGAUAGCGACAGCGAUUUACUUAUCGAUGGAGAUCUCGAUGACGACGACGACGAGGACGACGAUGAUCUUUUAAAUUCUGUGAGAGGAACGGACAUAGGAAAUUUCGAUCGCAAGGUUGUUCAAGAUAAACGAUCCGUCAGCAAGGUCGAUCAUUCCGACGAAGAUUUUUAAUUGAAAACAAUUUUAAUCUCGAUGAUUCAACAAAAUCAACAGAAUCGUUUCUCUGAUCGGUAAUUUUCUUUAGCUUUAUUUGGUGUGUAUCAUAAAAAGAGAAAAAAUAGAAAAGGAUAGGUACCAUCGUACACCUAUUCCAUAGAUAUUACAUAUAGCGUAGAAUAUAGAGGCAAAAAAUUCGCAUAAUUUUCAAUAAUAAUAAUAACGACGAUGAUGAUAAUAAUAAAAAACUAAUAAUGAUAAUAAUAUCCAUUUAUGAUUGUUCGACGAGCAAUGCAUUCGUUGAUAAUGAACAAUGCCGAGAUACAAAUAAUUAGCGAUAAUUCGUUAUAAUUCUUUUCUAUAAUACUCUCCUAUUGGAUCUUUAAUAUUAAGAAUUUCUAAGUACACAUUGUACAUACAUUAACUACGUCUACGUCGGAUAUUGUUCCUAUGGAUAUGCAUAGGGAGUUCGUUUAAACACGUUGUGCGGAUUUUGAGUGCGCUCGUUCGAAAAAAAAAAAAGAAACAAAAUAAAGAAAGAAUGAAGAGGAUAUUUUGAACUAAAAAAACGAGCGAAACUUAUAAUCUUCAUGAUCUAUAUUCACAAUAAUCUUUCAACGUUUAUCAUUAUGGUAUAAAAUUGAUCACUAAUGAGAUGAUAAAAUAAAAAAUAUUCUAAAUCUUUUGAAAUAUUAUUUUUCCAUGAUCAAAUGAAAGAAAUAAUUGAUAAUUAUCGAAACGAGAAAAGGAUCUUUAAAAUGUUGAACUGGUGUAUUGGUUUAUUGCCAAUGUGGUUAAAAGACCUUAGACCGAAAAAAUUAGGCCAUAACUACCGAAUUAACAGUCUUCUGUUAAAGAUUUUUUUCUCUACAACGAUAUAAUUCAUUAUCAGCAGCAACAGCAUCAGCAAAUAGUUAACAGUAAUCGAGUAAUGUUCUGCGAUAAUAAUCUCAAUGGCAGCAUUUGUUGAAAUAAUUAAUCUUAUGGGUAUGUAAAUGAAUAGUAUAGCACGGGUGUCCAACAAAAAAAAAGAUAUUAGCUAUACGAUAUACGUUCAAGACCUAACAGGCAGCAGAUUAUCAUUGACAUUUACUAUCGCAUAUUUUGGAUCAUUAUACUUUCUAUCUAACGAACAGGUACAAAUACAGUGAAAGUAAAAUCGAUUCGUUCGAGAACAUUUUGUGUACUAUUAUUGAUACUUUGUCUAACUUUGAAUAUAGUUAUUGUAUUUAUCGUGCAACAUUUAGAGAGGCUAAAAGUGUUAUUUGAAUGCAGUUUGGUUAAGCGAUGGCGUGUUCAACUUUCAAUGCAGUCUAUCAAGUAAUCCUCGUUUGCUUGCUAAUUAUAAUUUCAGAACGAUAGACAGAAAGUAUUGGAUCCAUGAAAGUAAAAGAGAAAAAAAAAAAGAGAAAAUAGAAUCCUGA